UCAGAUAUAUAGUCACUCACAUUUCAAUCUCAAAAAAUAACAGAACAAAAUUUCAGUAUCUAGUUAAAAAGGGUUUUUGAAAUUUUAUUGUUUUGAUCUUGUAAAGUAUUUAGGUUCAGCUGGUAAAUCGCAAUGAGUGUUGUUCCACAUUUACUUUAUAUGUUUGAGUUCGUGGUUGAUGAUCUUGUGAUCACCCAACAGAAUUAUUGUGCUCCGGAAGAGUAUCCAAUUUGUGUGGAGAUCAUCUUCCGCAAUAGCGUAUACGUGAAUAUAUGCGACCGCGAUUAUGGAGAUCGGAUAAAUCCUACGCGUCCCAAGAGCGGCAAACGCUGCAUAUUCGCCUUGGAAUCGCCAGUCACAAAGGAUGAUCGAUUAUUAGUCUAUGUCUAUAAGAAGCGAUCGAAGUGCUGCAAAUUUUUAGUCGGAUUAAUGGAGGUUGAAAUAAAGUUUCUUUUCGAUCGCGUUAAGAAAAGUUUUGAUAUGGGAAACAUUAACUGGAAUAAACAAUGGCAGGAUCAACUGGCAGAUAUGCCCAAAAUGAAGAAUUCAAGCUAUGUGAUGGACAGAUGUGAUUGCUAUGAUUCUGGUUAUGAGCGUCGCGAGCAGUUGAAUCCCUUAUCGGAGGUAUCAAAGCAAAUGAUCCCUCUCUUUAAUCUCUGCAACCGGCAAACCGGCAACAUUGUGCUUCUAAUGCGUCUGUCCUGCCAUGGACCGACUGUUGUGUCUGCUUUUUGGAAACAGGGUAACCAAUAUGUGCCCCAGCCACCAACAAAACAGCCACAGAACCGUCCGUCCUUUCUUCACGAAGAAGAUGUCGAUAUAAAAAGACAAACAAAAUGCUAUCGAUUCUUUGCCUGCAACAAGGAUAAGCUCUGUCCCAGCGACUUUUGUGAGGAUGAAUUUGAUCGCAGCUGUCCCACUAUAAAGCGUAAGCGUCGAUCGAAGAAGGGCAAUAAGAAGGUUAAAAAUAAUUGCAUCUGUUCGGAAACUCGGGCUAUUCUACCUACACUCGAUGGUGUGGAGCAACUGGAAGUUCAGGCGACUGAGUGCGUAGAAGAUCUGGAGAUGUGAGUCACUCAAGCUGGGAUGGUCAAGUGUGUGUUGAAUAAAUUCAAUUUGAAUUAAUUGGUAUUAUUGAUAUAUAGUAGUUAUCUCUCAACAGACAAUUAAAUAAUGUUAAAACAAAACAAA